AUGCCAUAAAGACAGAUGUGGGUUUCAGACCAGGUGACCCUGAAAUGCCUCCAUUCCAGCACUUCUUGUCAAAGGCAUUUUGAGAAGGAAGGUGGUAGAUCAUGAAUCAUGGAGUUCCUGCCGCCCUUCCAGCGCGUGGUGCAGCCCGAGGAGAUGUGGCUGUACAAAAACCCCCACCUCGAAGCGGAUCACGUCCCCACCCUGCCCAUGUUUUUCAUCGCGUUUCUGUCUCCCUUGCUGCUCAUCAUCCUGGCAAGGGUGUUCAUGAACGCCGACCGAGAAGACACACGGGAAGCCUGCCUUGCUGCCAGCCUUGCUCUCGCCCUGAAUGGGGUUUUCACAAAUGCCCUGAAGCUCAUUGUAGGGAGGCCACGGCCGGACUUUUUCUACCGCUGCUUCCCGGACGGACGAGCCAACGAGGAGCUGCUCUGCACGGGAGACCCCGGCGUCGUGACCGAGGGACGCAAAAGCUUCCCCAGCGGACACGCGUCCUUCGCCUUCGCUGGUCUGGCCUUCUCUGCCUUCUACCUGGCCGGGAAGCUGCGCUGCUUCGCGCCCAGCCGGGGGGGCAGGGCCCUGCGGCUCUGUGCCUUCCUCCUCCCCCUCUUCCUCGCCACCCUCAUCGCCGUGUCCCGCACCUGCGACUACAAGCACCACUGGCAAGAUGUGUUGGUUGGCUCGGUGAUGGGCUUCGUGCUUGCCUACCUCUGCUACAGGCAGUAUUACCCUCCUCUGAUGGACUCCAUGUGCCACAAACCAUUUCUGUACAAAUCCAAGCAACUGCCAGCACACCAAGAAAGGCCUGCAGCUUCCAGCUUCCACCUGGAUAUAUAG